AUAUUUCUAUCCGUGUCAUUGACCUGUUUACUAUUAAACCUCUGGAUGCUGCCACCAUCAUCUCCAAUGCAAAAGCCACAGGUGGCCAGAUUAUCACAGUGGAGGAUCACUACCCAGAAGGUGGCAUCGGGGAGGCCGUCUGUGCAGCCGUCUCCGUGGAGCCUGACAUCGUGGUCCAUCAGCUGGCAGUGUCAGGGGUCCCUCGGAGCGGGAAGCCCAGUGAUCUGCUGGAUAUGUUUGGAAUCAGUUCCAAACACAUCAUAUUGGCUGUGGAACGUAUUUUAAUGCAAUAG